AUGGCUUCUAGUAGCAGCGGCGGCUCACCCGAAAUAAAAAUCCACAACGUCUAUUUGUCGAACGUGGAAGAAGAGUUUGCCAAAAUAAGGGGUUUCGUUGAGGAUUACCCAUACGUGGCGAUGGAUACAGAGUUCCCGGGAGUCGUUGCAACGCCAUUGGGAACGUUCCGCAGUAAAGAGGACUUUAACUAUCAACAAGUUUUCUGCAAUGUUAAUAUGCUGAAAUUAAUACAGGUUGGCUUCGCGAUGGUCAAUGAUAAAGGAGAGUUGCCUCCCACUGGCGAUGUAUGGCAGUUCAAUUUCAAUUUCUCGUUUUCUGAAGAUAUGUUUUCACAUGAUAGUGUAGAGAUGCUCAGACAAGCCGGUAUCGAUUUCAAUGCGUUGCAGCAAGAAGGAAUACCGACGGCAGUUUUCGGCGAACUUCUCACGACAUCCGGGCUAAUUACAGAUCCACGGAUUACAUGGCUCACAUUUUCCUCAGGAUACGAUUUUGGCUAUUUGUUGAAGAGCAUAACUCUUGGCGAUCUCCCUAAAGAAGAAUCAACAUUCUUUUCGUGUCACAAAACCCUGUUCCCUACCAGCUUCGACAUAAAAAUUCUUCUUCGAACACCUAAUUGUGCGUCGGCAAAACUGAAAGGAGGGCUUCAAGAAGUUGCUGAUCAGUUGGAUGUGAAACGACAAGGAAUACGCCAUCAGGCUGGAUCAGAUGCACUACUGACAGCUGCUACCUUCUUCAAAAUCAAGAAACAAUUUUUCGGAGACAACUGGAAUCAGAUUGCUCCUCUCAUAUGCGGUCAUAUGUUCGGACUUGGAUCAUCGCUUUCUCUUUUCCACGCUUCCGGGUCUUCAACACGGCUGGGCGAAGAUCCAACGCAAGGUCUAAGUGGGAUUCAGCAACAAGUAAAUGCCUAA